CUCUCGUCCAUCGUUUAGCUUCCAGGGCGCACAAAACUACACCAGAAACAAAACUAAUACCUACACUCUCCCUCUGCUCGCACGUUCGUUUCUUUCGCUGGAAAACUCAGAGAGCCGAAACGUUUCGGUCUCUGACGCCAAAAACAGUGCCCUAAAAAGAUUGCGUCAAUUAAUCACGUCGUGAUUUUUGUACAGAUUUCAGUUUUAAAAUGCAACGAGAUAUUCGAAAAUGGUUGAUGAAGGCACACGAUAAAGGCAAUGACAAUGCUGAUACCAAUGCUAAGAAGAAACCUCCUCCAACUGAGCCGAAGACCGAAACACCUGUGUGUGGAGGUCAAGAAGGUUCAGGAAGGAGGAAAACUAGCAAGUAUUUUGCGGCAAAUAAACAGAAGCAAAAAGAGGAUAAAGAAGUAGAGGAUCUUCCUGCUAAGAGAAAAGCUCAAAAUGAUGGUGUCCAAUCUGUGAAACCCCCACCUUCUAAAAAGGUUCACAAAGUUGAUGAUGAAGAAGAAGAUGAUGACUUUUCCUUGCCCAAGAAGAAGAAUGAUGCUUCUCCUAGUAAGAAAUUGAAGAGCAGUUCAGGCAGGGGAAUUGCUCAGAAACCUGUACAUGUUAACGAAAGUGAUGAAGAUGAUGUGAAGGAUACUGAAUCUCCUCUGAAAUCUGGUGGCAGAGGUCGUGGUGGUAGGGGUGUGUCUGGGGCACCUUCUGGUGGAAGGGGCAGAGGUGGUGGACGGGGAGGAUUUAUGAACUUUGGUGAGAGGAAAGAUCCUCCACACAAAGGAGAAAAGGAAGUCCCUGAAGGUGCUCCUAAUUGUUUAGCUGGUUUAACUUUUGUGAUUAGUGGAACGCUUGACAGUUUGGAAAGAGAAGAGGCAGAAGACUUGAUUAAAAGGCAUGGAGGUCGUGUUACUGGAUCUGUCAGCAAGAAAACGAGUUAUCUUUUAUGUGAUGAGGAUAUUGAGGGACGGAAAUCUUCUAAAGCCAAAGAACUUGGCACACCUUUUCUUACCGAGGAUGAGCUGUUUGAUAAGAUCCGCUCCUCAAAGAAUUCAAAAGCCCCGGCACAAGAAGACUCAAAGGUGUCUGUGGAGAAAGUCGCAUCUCUGCCAAAGAAAAGUCCUCAGAAAGCAGACUUGAAGAGUAGCUCUUUGAUGUCAAAUGCAGCCCACAAAGAUUUGGGUGUAGGUUCCCAGCAAGCAAAGCAGAAAGAUCAAGCUAUACAACGCUCAUCCCUAAUAUGGACAGAAAAAUAUAGGCCAAAGGUUCCAAAUGAGAUGAUAGGAAAUCAGUCACUGGUUACUCAGCUCCAUAAUUGGUUGAAGAACUGGAAUGAGCAGUUCCAUGAUACUGGAAACAAGGGAAAGGGCAAAAAACAAAACGAUUCUACCGGAAAAAAAGCUGUUCUAUUGAGUGGACCACCUGGAAUAGGGAAAACAACAUCAGCAAAGCUGGUCUCUAAAAUGCUUGGUUUCCAGGCAAUCGAGGUAAAUGCCAGUGACAAUCGUGGGAAGGCAGAUGCCAAGAUUUUUAAAGGAAUCAGUGGAAGCAAUGCAAAUUGCAUAAAGGAACUUAUCAGCAACGAAGCUCUGGGUUUUGAGAUGGAUAGGUCAAAGCAUCUGAAAACAGUUUUGAUCAUGGAUGAGGUAGAUGGAAUGUCUGCUGGAGAUAGAGGUGGAGUUGCUGAUCUUAUUGCUAGUAUAAAGAUUUCCAAAAUUCCUAUCAUCUGCAUCUGUAAUGACCGUUAUAGUCAGAAGCUAAAAAGUCUUGUGAACUACUGCUUGCUUCUCAGUUUCCGGAAGCCUACAAAACAACAGAUGGCAAAGAGGUUAACUCAAGUUGCAAAUGCAGAAGGCCUUCAAGUUAAUGAGAUUGCACUUGAGGAGCUUGCAGAAAGGGUGAAUGGAGAUAUGCGCAUGGCAUUAAACCAAUUACAAUAUAUGAGCCUCUCAAUGUCAGUCAUUAAUUAUGAUGAUGUAAGACAGCGCCUUCAAGGAAGUGCAAAAGAUGAAGAUAUUUCACCAUUCACCGCUGUAGAUAAGCUGUUUGGCUUUAGUGGAGGAAAGCUGAGAAUGGAUGAGCGGAUUGACCUCAGUAUGAGUGAUCCUGACUUGGUCCCUCUUCUUAUCCAGGAAAACUACAUUAAUUAUAGGCCAAGUUCAAUUGGUAAAGAUGACAAUGGGAUGAAACGUAUGAGCUUGAUUGCACGUGCUGCUGAGUCUAUUGCCGAUGGAGAUAUAAUAAAUGUGCAGAUUCGAAGAUAUCGACAGUGGCAGCUCUCUCAAACUGGUUCUCUGUCAUCCUGUAUCAUUCCUGCUGCAUUGUUGCAUGGAUCAAGGGAGACACUUGAACAGGGUGAACGGAAUUUUAAUAGAUUUGGUGGGUGGCUGGGAAAGAAUUCAACAGCGGGCAAAAAUUUGAGGCUAUUGGAGGAUCUGCAUGUUCAUCUCCUUGCUUCUCGUGAAUCUAAUAUGGGGAGGGAGACACUUCGACUUGACUACCUUACAGUUCUUCUGAAACAAUUGACAGAUCCUCUUCGGGUGCUGCCUAAGGAUGAAGCUGUUGAGAAGGUUGUGGAGUUCAUGAAUGUAUACUCAAUAAGUCAGGAGGAUAUGGAUACCAUUGUGGAGUUAUCAAAAUUUCAGGGGCAUGGGAAUCCUUUGGACGGCAUACCAUCAACUGUCAAAGCGGCUCUGACAAGAGCAUAUAAAGAAGAAAGCAAAUCAAGGAUGGUACGAGCUGCAGAUUUAGUCACACUUCCUGGAAAGAAGAAGGCCCUUAAGAAGCGUGUUGCAGCGAUUCUAGAACCUUCUGAUGAUGGUCUAAGAGAGGAAAAUGGUGACGUGUUGGCUGAAAGUGAAGAAGAAAACUCAUCUGACACAGAGGAUAUGGAAGGAACUGGUAAUGGCGAGAAGCUGCAGUCUGAGCUUCAGAGUUUAACUUCAAAAGGAAUCCAAGUAGAGGUGGAACUGAAGUGCGGAAAGGAAAGUUCAAAGUCUAAGAAGACCCCUACAGGAAGAGGAAAAGGUGGGUCUGCAUCUACUGAAAAAAAACCAGCAGGCAGAGGGAGAGGUGGUUCUGGUUCCUCGGAGAAACCUGGAGCUAAGAGAAAGAGAUGAAAUUAUUACUGUAAACCCUUGCGGUUGUAAAGUUUUGCUUGUUUAUGACAAAUGUAGGUGCGCUUCUUUCUGUGAGCUGUAAAACUCCUUUUGGGGGAUGCUUGUUGACUGUUGGUAGCAAAUGUUACUGUGGUGACGCCUUCUUUUUCAGGACCACAGAUUUUGUAGAUCAGUUUUUGGAUAAUGUUUGAAAUGGGAUGGUUUGCUUGGAA